AUGUCGAAAUCCCUCAGGCUGAACAAGUGCGUAAAAGAGCUUAAUAAAUGGGCCGAAGAUCAUACCAAUGGUCUCAUCAAAGAUCUUCUUCCUCCUGGAUCCGUCUCGAGUCUAACCGACUCUGUUUAUGGAAACGCACUGUACUUCAAAGGAGCUUGGGAAGUUCCAUUCGCCAAGUCUAACACGAUGGACAGGGAGUUUCACCGUAUCAGUGGAAACUCAGUGUCCGUGCCAUUCAUGAGAAGCUACGAGCGCCAAUACAUAGAGGCUUAUGAUGGUUUCAAGGUCCUCAGGAUACCUUAUCGACAAGGCGGUGUUGAUAACAAUCCCAUCUUUCCUUAUCGACAAGGCCGUGUUAAUAACAGUCGCAGCUUCCCUUAUCUACAAAAGUUGAUGCUACCAAUAACAGCUUCUCUUAUCGACAAGGCCUUGUCGGUGAUGCUACCAGUCCCAGUUUCCCUUCUGGACAAGGUGGUUAUAGUACCAAUGUCAGCUUAUCAAUGUACUUUUAUCUCCCAGACAAGAAUGAUGGAUUGGAUGAUCUUGUGAAAGCAAUGGCAUCUAAUUCUGGAUUCUUGGAUUAUCACGUUCCAAGAUUCAAAGUUUUAGUUAAAGAAUUCAGAAUCUCAAAGUUUAAGAUCGCUUAUGGCUUAGACGGCAAAGACUUGGGAUUAAGUUCAAUGGCUUUGUAUCAUAAAGCAUGUGUGGAGAUUGAUGAAGAAGGCGCUGAAGCUGCUGCUGCAACUUUUGCAGCCCCUAAACCCGGGAUGUUUGAGAUAUAUGGAGCCUCCUAAGCGUAUAGAUUUUGUUGCAGAUCAUCCCUUUGUCUUCUUAAUUAGAGAAGACACAACUGGUACUGUUUUGUUCGUUGGUCAGAUUUUUGAUCCUUCCGACAAAUCUUUUUAGGCUUUUAGUUUGGUUAUAUGGCAACAUGUGGAUCUAAGAUUUAAGAUUUAAUUAUGAAAACUG